GUCUUGCGACGCAAGCGCAACGUGCUUUUCCCCAGCGGGGUCAAACUUUGUGCUGAAGAGAGUGUGCAACAAUCCAUUGCAAAUCACCUCAGCUACUUUCACCUUCGAGUGUGUCAGGAGACGGUGUGGGAGGCCUUCAAGAUCUUCUGGGACCGCCUCCCGAACCAGGAAGAGUACCAGACCUGGAUGAGCCAAUGCCUGGACGGCACAGCCACCGCUCUGGCGAUGGGCAAAAACUUUAGCCAAUCAAAGGAGCACCUGGCCCUGGUUGAGAAGGUCAUCAUAGAAGGGGCAGAGGUGGAGCUUCCCACAGAACCCACCAAUGAUAUAGAGAUGGAAGUGUUGGUGCGUCCUACGCAGGCCCAGUUGGAACAGGUGGUUGAGCUGAGUAUCUUGCUGAAGGGAGAGAGGUACAGCGAUGCUCUAAGAGACACUGCCAGCUUCCAGUACCAGACACUCAACCAGCAGUUCAUUGACAAGGUACGACUCAGAAAUAUCGAAGAUGCUCUGGGGGGACUGCCAGGCUUGAAGAGUGUGACUGUGCUGGAGUUCAGGUUGGAUGGCGUGGUGGUGGUCUAUGCGGUGACGGUGGAGGUGGAAGGGGAGGGGGUGAGCAGUGAGCAGUUGGACUACCUGAUCCUGCAGUCCAACCUGGUGGAGAACUCCUACAGAGAUCUGAAGGAGAGGCCCACAGUGGUCUACAACAUCACUGACUUCAGGAACAACAUCACUGAGGCCCUGCAAAAUMACAACAUCAUCAGAGACACAACCCUGGCCCUGGACCCUGACUUACUGCAACUAGAGAGUGUGUCCAGUGUUCCUGAGUCCAUCGAGUCCACGGCUGGAAUUACCAAGGAUGACUGCGUGGAGGAAAUCWUGGCUGCUGAGAUGACCCCAAAUGCCUCCGAGGUUAAAACUGAGGAUGUGGCGAUGGGGGAGAAUGAUGUCAUUGUUCUGGAGGAGAGCGUGACCCUCCCCCCUGAGCCUGAGGUGACCAUCAAUGACACGGGGAUGGAGGAGGAGGGUCUGCUGUUGGGGAACACUGUGGCUGUAGAGAGCCCUCCCCUGGAGCUCUUCCCUGCAGACCCUAUCUCCCCCGAGCAGCCAGAGGGCACUACGCUCCCCAAGCCUCCUCUGGAGAUAGAGGCCUCUGGGUCAGGUGUUGACAGACUUGAGGACCUGCCCUUCCAGCCCGAGGAAGAAGAAGAGCCAGCCUCAGCUGCAGAAGAGGAACAUACCACAGAAGAAGAGGUAGUUUUGGAAGAGGUGAUCAUAGAGGAAGAGAUCUUAACAGAGGAAGCAGAAGCGGGAGUCCCUGAGGAAGAGCAGGAAGAGGAGGAAGCAGCAGUGGAGGUCCCUGAGGAAGAGGAGGAGGCAGUGGAGGUCCCUGAUACUGUAGAGGUUCUAGAAGAAGAAGCUGAACCCUCAGAAAUCCUUGAGUACUCCAUCCUAGAGACAGAGACCAUAGAAGAGUUGGAGGAAAAGAACCCUGCCUUUCUCCCUGUGGAAGCGAUGGAAGCUCCCGAACCAGCGGAGAGCCUUAAUGUCCCCAAGAAUGCCAUGGAGACUGUACCCCCAGAUGAGCCUGAAGAAGGGGCUAACGAGGUGUUGGGUCAUCCAGAAAAAUCAGGAUAUGGAGAGGAAGUUAAGAGCUUAAAGGAGGGACCAAUCAUCGAGGAGCCAGUAACUGGAGAGGAUGCCUUGGAGGUGGAGGAAGAGGUGAUGGAACUUCUGGACAUGACUGAGACCUCGGUGGAGGACCUGGUAGAAGAUGAGAUGUUGUUGGUCGACGAGGUUGUUCCAGAGGCCGCUUACCCUACCACUCUUUCUGCAGAGAAGGAGUCGCCCUUCACCCAAGUCUCUGAUGCCAUAGUAGAAGGAGGGGCUACAGAGGCCACAGGCCUAGACACAGCCCCAGAACCGGAGGCAGAUGCAGAGGACCAGGGGGUCACCCCAGCUCUCACACCCGCCAAGUAUUACCCUGGCCCAGACAUUUCCAUCACUCUGGAGCUGCAGACGAUAGACCCUGUGACAGACUAUGACCUGGUCCCCUUCGGUGGGAUCAACCAAACAGAGGAGGGAAGUAGCGGGUACCCCUCUGGAGGGGUACAUGGUGUGGACCACAGCGUUGCCAUGCCAAUCAAUCCUGGGCGGGCGCUGAUGGUGUUCUUCAGUCUGAGGGUCACCAACAUGAAGUUCUCAGAUGACCUCUUCAAUAAGAGCUCCCCGGAAUACAAGGCCCUGGAACAAAGGUUCAUAGAGCUGCUGCUCCCCUACCUCCAGUCCAACCUUAGUAACUUCCAGAACCUGGAGAUCCUGAACUUCCGGAACGGGAGUAUUGUGGUUAACAGCCGGAUGAAGUUCGGGAAGCCGGUGCCUCGCGGCGUCAACAACGCAGUCUACCUGAUCCUGGAAGACUUCGCUAACACAGCCUAUAAGACCAUGAACCUGGCCAUCGACAAGUACUCACUGGACGUAGAGUCAGGUGACCAGGCGAACCAGUGUAAGUUCCAGGCGUGUAAUGAGUUUGCACAGUGUUCUGUGAACCGCUGGUCUGGCGAGGCAGAGUGUGUGUGUAACGCUGGAUACUUCAGUGUGGACGGACUGCCCUGUCAGAGCAUCUGUGACCUACAGACAGACUUCUGUAUGAAUGACGGGAAGUGUGACAUCAUACCUGGACAGGGGGCCAUCUGCAGGCGAGGGGAGAGUAUCCCAUCUCUAGAGAGGGCCACUAAGUACAACCCCAUGUAUGAGAGUGACGGCUACGACGGACCUACCGAUUGGACACAACGAAUCCAGGACAGGAUACGCAUCAUUGAGCUCUACGCGAAGGACCGGCAGUUUGCAGACUUUGUGCGGCAAGCAUCAAACGUGAGUGACUGGUCUCCCUGGAUCCCAGAGCACAGCAUAGAGCCCCAGAGCAACCAGCCCUUCAGCCCCAGACAGAGCCUGUCCAGUGUGCUGCACUAG